UGAUCGAUUGUGGUAUUUUGUUACGGUUUUUGUGAAGUGAUUAGCGUAAAGCAUUGUGGGAUCAUCAGUGAGCCAGGAUUUUUGGUGUGAAAGUGUUCUGGAACAUAUUGGAGUUAGUUGAAUAUUGGAGUUCUUGGAAGAUUUUGGACUUGGUGAUAUACUAGAAUUAGAAUAGACACUGCACCUACCGCCUCAUUUUUGUUCUAAGAGUCUACAGAAAUCAACGUGCUAAAAAUAUGAUGUGGAAGCUUCUCAUACUCACCGCCUGUCUGGUGACCAGUGGCCUUGCCCGGCCGGACGUAUCGCAUCUGUUGAAAAAGACUGGUGACAAGCAGAAGCGUCAAAACUUCAUCGGCACCACAGUGUCCGUCACUGGGAACGGUGCAGUGGCGACCAAAAUUACGUCGAAUGAUGCAGCAAAUGUUGAAGCCUUGAUACCGCAGAUCAGUCUGCUCCCGUUGCAAGACAACCAACCGUCACCGUUCCGCCGGUUGGAAGAGCGCACCGGUUACGACUACCAAAGGCCAGACUUCCCACUCGAUGUUCAUCCGGACUCGAAUCUAGUCAGCCCGGUGUCUACGCAGGCACCGGAGUACCUGCCACCAGAAGAUGGCGAAGAGUCGACGAACGUCGAUAAAGUCGUACCGCCGAGUAUUCCUUCGACCAAAAGCACUACCACAACGACACCAGUUCCAACCACUACCACUACCAGGACUACCACGACUACCUCCACCACUACUACUACUACAACUCCCGCACCAUACACCAGUGGGAUUUCCACUACUCAGCAAGAAUUCGACAACAACGAUGGCUACGGCUACAAGAAGCCCGAGGUAAUGCUUCCGUCAAACAUCAACGAAGUGAUCGGUGAAGCAAGUGACAUUAAUCAGCUCGCCACAACCACGGUUUCGACGACAACGACAACCGCAAAGAAUUCGCUUGAAUAUCUUCCUCCGAAACCGCUCCCAGAGCUGGUAGUGCCGAAGCAACCGAGUACUCCCUCCACGACACAGCAACCUCAAACCGAACCUUCUACCUUCCCGUCCAGUGUCAGUACCACAACGUUCCAAAUCCCGGCAGAAACGAAACCCCCGUACCCAAAACUGCCGGAAGCGUCAGUAUAUCCUGAUGCAUCGGCCACAGUCUCCAGCGUUGUGACGCAACAAGCGUCAACGGAGAUGCCUUCCACCUCAGCUCCGGAGUACCUUCCACCGGAUAGUGACACGAAUGGUUUCCAGAUCAUCGUACGCAGUGGGGUUGAUGCAGAUGAUAGCGAUACGACCACGGGAAGUACACCGGGUACUAGCAGUAGUAGUAGUACGACCCAAGUCUUCCAAUCUCCCGAAUCCACGACGACAGUGAUUACCGCUCUUCCAGAAGCGGACAGUCUGGUCCAACAAGAACAAGGUGAACAGACGACGGAAGGACAACAAAUGACCACAACGACGUCUAACGCACCUAGUGGUGUAACGCUUUUAGCAGGCGAAACAGUGACUCCGUUCGAUGAUGCUUCAUCAGUAAUUGCGCUUAUUAAUCAGAUGCAGGAAACGAGUCAGGUUGCGGGUCAGGCCGAUUUUGUGCCGGAGCUACGUAUUAACGAGGAACCCUCCACAACGAUCGGUACGAGUGAGGCAACUACCACCCAGUCGUCGUCUACUGUCACAACCACCGUAACGACAUCGCUAGCAACAACGGAUUCACCUACGGCGGAGCAAACGGAACGUAGCGAACCGGAACCAGAACAACCUGAGGUGAGAUUCGGUACAGAGGAACCUACUACCGGGCCUUCGCUUCUUGAUCUGCUCACACCAACGACAACUGUUGUGGUGGUUACGCAGAACGAUACGAUCACCACGUACCGCCCGUCGACUUCCGCUGAAACGACGACGACGACGACGGUCGCAGAAUCCAGCGCCGAUGGGACGGAGAUCCAGUCCAGGAUAGCUGAUCCGAACGAUGGCUACAACUACGAGACACCGGAAAAUGGACUUACCGUUCCAUCAUCGAUGGUUCCAUCGCAUACACUCGAAGCGGAUGGCUACCAUUAUAAGGUUCCGUCCGUGCCGUUCCCGUAGAACAGGGGAAAGGUGUGCCGCAGUAUGGAUGAGGUAAACGGGCAGAUGAGUAGAAAUAGCAGUAUAGUAUUAGUAGCGAAAGAGAACCCGAUCUUGAGACAUAUUCCUACGCCAUAAUGACAAUUGUUAACGCGAAUGGUUUAAAAAAAAAUAUGCAGACGUUUUCUUUUCAAACUUUUUUUUUUGUUUAUCCCGCGUCCAUUUUCCUCUCGAUUAGCGUGGCUAUUUAUUGCAAUAGUGUGUAUUAAUAAAAUCAAAUCCCAGUCUUAAUGAAUAUGUAUUUCUCACAGACAUUUUUCGCUGCAAACCCGUCCUUUCGAAAAUGUUUCAAUUCCCUUUCUUUAAUUUGCAGCAUAACUGCAAGUUGCCAAAUUUUUGGCCUUUUUUUUUGGUAGCAAAAGUGCGCGUAGAAAUAAUGCGUUAAGUUCUGCGCUUGCAGCGCAGUUUUUGCGGCAUGAUCGAUGUGAUUGACCGUGGCGGGGUUUACUCUACCGAAGGAGUUGAAGUGUUUUGCUGCCCUGAAUGUAAAUAUUGAUUUUACUCACAGCUUUUUUUUUUCAUUUUCUGUUCAUUUGAGGCUUCCCUCGUAAAGAGAGCGUCCAUUGUCCACCAAACGGUCGCGGUGUGCGAGAUUUGCAUUUUGCCUGUCAUUUGCAAACGUUCGUCUUUUACGACUCCGUGUAAUGAUUUAUCAUACGUACGUUGUAUCGUUGAUGCGCAAAACGACCCAUUUUCCCCAGUAUCGGCAGCAAAGCCGAGAGUGACCGCAACUGAGCGGUUCAGAUUCUCAAUUUUUCUUUUUAAGACACAUUUACAUGCAAUAUCUUAAUAAGCCGUAAAACGGUUACUUCAGUGCUAUCUUAGGAGGGACCUUCGCUAAGCGUAGCGUAGCAUAAACAUUGGGGGCGGUGGGGUCUUAUCAAAACACACUUCAAACAUUCCUUACCACCGGAGGGUUAAACGAGCUCUCCAUUCAUUGGUGGAUUUUUUUUGUACCCUUUUUUUGGUUGCAGUAAGUCGCGCAAUACUUUGAUCGUACCGCGAACGGCAUAAACUGUUGGCAAUUGUUGUGCAUUGUUGGUGAGCCCCAACGAGCAUCGGGCCCAAUUAAGUCAAAACGCCAUUUGCCAUGUUGGGCGGAGGCAAUAUUAUUUUCCAUAACGAACGAAUUCAAAGCACCACUGGCGAUGGCCGCAGCAUCGAACAAGUACCAUCGAGCCGCAAACCGCAGACAACACACGCUUCUCGCUUCUUGCCAUCGUCGCCAUCCCACCCCCGGGCGGAUGAUCGUGGUUCACGAAAAACCACGAAAAACGAUUCAUUUUUCCAUUUCUAUUUUGCUGUUGGUGUUCGAGUUCGGGUUCCAAAUGUUCCAGACAAACGUUGCAAAGCGCAUUCCACAACUGCUGCUGCUGCUGCCGUUACUACUCUCCCAUGUCUCCCACGGCGCAAGAUGCAACCCGUCAGGCCCGCCGAUGAGAGAUUGAGGAAAAAUGACCGAUUUCCUCACCCGAUUACUACCCAUUCACGAAAAGGGAAAUGAAAUGUUUUGGGCUUAGGCUUAGAGUUUGCCAGACAAGUAAGAUGUGGCGUGUGGUCGUGUGCCUCAGCAGAGCCUGCGCCCGCACGAUCGUUAUUUCCUAAUUGCAUUUAACCGAAAUUUUAGUGCCCUGAGCUGAGUUGCCGAUUAUCCGCAAAUGGAAGUGAAGUUCGGGAGGAACCGAAGAAGUUAGCAACAUGGGCGUUUGUAGCGUUUAGCGCAACUGAAAUGAAGGGUGGGAUUAGAUUAGAAGAAGGCCGUACGGAUCAGUAUUGUGGCUCAUUACUACAAACACGCACCAACCUGUACCCCUACUACUUUGAACAGAUAAAAAGCUUCUGCAGAAGUUGGAGUUCGUGUUGGCUAAUCACACCACAGAGGCCCAAUUUAAUUUAUCUUAAUCACCAAACCAAUCCAAUCGCUGUGCUUUUUUUGACCGGUUCCAAAAGCACGCAAACUCUAUCGCUUUUCCACAACCUCCGAGGGCUCAUUGUUUGCUUCACACAUCUGUGCAUGCAAACUGGCGAGCUGACAGUAAAAACUCAACUGUUGAAAACCCACCGAACGAUCGUCUGCAAGGAAUCAUCUUCUCCGUGGUACCGCACUAGUUGUGUGGUUUACUCACUUUCAAUUACGUUUGCUGCUGCUGCUGCUGCUAUUCCUGAAGAUCCUGUCCUCAAUGGACGACGUCUAACCAAAGCACCGAUCCACUACUUUAUCGUUUUGGUGGUCACAAGGUUUACACGGGCAUUAUGGUUUAAGUCCCAUAAGGAGCAAACAUCGCAAGACCUGGAGCGCCUUAACCGAACGAUGCUUUACGUAACCGGGUAUGCCCGGGUACCUAGCACAGCUGAGACAGCUUUGAACCCUUCAUAAAUCGUUUACACCGCACUUUUGCUCGCCAAAAAUUGAAUCAUUUUCACAGCUCCAAAGUACUUGGUGUGAGGCUCUCACCAUCCCUGAAGAUGAUCUCGAGAAGCAUGCUCGCUGGUUGGGUGAUGUGCGAUAGUCAUUGAUUAUCAUGCAUCGUUUAGCAGGAGAAGGAGGAGGACAUCUCGGUUUUAUGCACCAGCAGUGUGGACAUAAUGCAGCACACGUAUCACUCGGCAGUGUGUUUAUUGAUGAAGUUGUUUCGUCCCCGGGUGUCUCUUUACAUGAUCUUUAACCUACGAUCCCUGAGCUGGAACCGACAGCAGCAAAGAACCCGAUCGAUGAUGAUAAACGAGUUGUCAAACAGGUAGUAAUUUGUGUCAGUAUCACAAACAAACAGACCGUAUGAUUAUACAAUUAAGUCCACCUGACGUACGACGAUGUUACAGGUGAAGAGUGAAGCAUACGAAUGUAGAUCGCCCACAAAACCGUACCCGCUCCAGUAUCAAGUGGCGCCAUCUGUAGUAUCAUUUCUUUAGUUUUUACAUUUUCAUCUUUCGCACCUACGUGUAUGAGUGUGUUAUUCCGCAUUGUAAUUGAUAUGUAUGUAGCCUAAGCGUGAUUAUUUAAAUGUCAAUAAACGAAAAUUGUACGAAUAAAGCUAGACGAAGUGUGUUGUUUCUUUUUCCUGAGGAUCGCUGUACGCUAUGGGGAGAAAACGGCAUCCAAAAAGUUGGUUGUUUACAUGAUCGUGCACAAAUUUCCCGUAUUGCAUCACCACAACCACUAUUUGCUGCCGUUGGCCGCGCCGUUACACGCUGAGGUGUUAAAGAUUUUAUUCCUUUCACAAGAUACAAUACCUCGAAUCGUUGGCUAGAGCGAGACAUUAUGGUAAAUGCACUUUCCCAAAGCAGGAAGUUGGCGCAGGAGGUUUUUCCUCGUGGGGACCAAACCAUGUAUAUGUCCCCGAGGCUUGUUAAUGACGGUGAAGAUGGCGAUCUUGAUCGGUGUGCUACUGGUGGCGCUUUUUUUGUUGUUGCUUCGAUUACCACUGACGUUAAAUAUGGAAAAUACCUCACGUUUGAGUCGUUUUUUGUUGGAAAGGGAAAGUCGUGUACUAGCUAGCGAGACCUAACAAUAGGACGCCUGUUUAAGACCAAUUAUGAUCGUGAAUGUGAAAGAGAUUUGUAUCGGGAAUUAUCUACCGCUGGAUAACGAUUUUGGGGUCAUUUGUUGUGACGACAUUCGGACGUGUUCCAAAGCAGCCUUUUGAGUUUAAUAUACAUACGAAGCAAGAACAAUAUCUGGAAGGCUCUUACGCGGUACUGAAACAAACCGAUUAUCUGCGGAUCGGGUUGAAUGGAGCUGCAUAGCGUGUGGAGAGUAGAUGGACGAUUUUCUUUGCACUGUGCAAGUAGGUCAGUCAGUUAACUCAGCAUGGUUCACUCUUGUUAGGUCCGAACUACAUUAUGCACAUGGAAUCGAUGCAAAAUUUGGCGAUUGAUUGAUUAGGAGCAUCCUCUUCGUGCAUAAUUGGGCGAGCUGUUUAAAAACUUUGAUGCUCGCUGUUCACUGCUUAACAGCUGCAAGAGCUCAGAUGAGGUUCCUUUCAGGUUUCCCACCAGGUGGCUUAAGACACCCGGCCAGCAAUGAUGUACGCAAUGUACAUGGAUGAGGCAAUCACAAUGGUAGAUGAUGAAUUGGAAUGCGUUGUUUCCAGACGUCGGUGAAGUGGAUGGCUAUGAUGGCGCUGGGUAGGACCAAAUUAGCUGAAGGCCACACGAUUGAGGGCGUUUGUGGAAGCCAGCCCGGGGUUAAAGGUUCACGUAAUGAGCGACGUGCUAGUGCGAUUCCUGUCAUCAGUUGCCGAAGAAAACCUAAACGUGGGCGAUUGAUUGGUGCCGUAAUUGUAAUGUUGUGCAAAAGUCGAUCUUUCGGUCUUUUCAUAUGCUGUGGGAUAGGUCCAAAGUUUUUUUUUUGAAGUUAAUAAUUAUAAAGUUUUUGUUUUGUCAGGGUCGGUCGUGCGUUAGGAAAAUCAAUAAAUAGUUCCA